AUGUCUCAGACUGUUGCAUUUGUUACUGGAGCGACUGGCCACCAAGGCGGUGCUACUGCACGUGAACUCUUAAAAUCUGGCAUCAAAGUUCAUGCUCUUGUUCGGGACCCAUCGUCCCAAUCCGCCGUUGAGCUCCAGCGCCUGGGAGUGCAACUGUUCCCGGGCGAUUUCGAUAAUCUGUCAUCCAUAAAGGCUGCUGUCGAAGGUGUCACUGCAGUCUUUCUGAAUGUAUCACCCUCCCUCUCUAACACCGAAAGCGAGGUGAUUUAUGCAAAGAAUAUCAUAGAUGCUGCUACUGCAUCUGGCACAGUCACCACCAUUGUUUAUUCCAGUGUUACAAUGACAGGAAAGCACGAAGAGUUCCCAAAUUGGGGACCAGACUAUCCUUUGUCGUGGUAUUGGCGAAACAAAGCCCAGAUUGAGUCAAUGGUGCGAGAAACCAAUGUCCAAUACUGGACUAUUCUCCGACCUGCAUUUCUCAUGCAAAACUACCAUCAGCCGACCGCGUCUCUUAUGUUUCCUGAAUUGGUUCAGAAGAGAGUCUUUUUAACGGCAUACAAGCCCAACACUGCCAUGACGGUGCUCGAUCCUGCCGAUAUUGGGAAGUUCGCGGCAGCUGCAAUUAUCGAACCUGCGGCAUUUCACAAACAUGAAAUAGACUUGGGUGUUGAAUCUCUUACACCGGCUGAGAUCGUGCGGGAGCUGAGCCGAGUUAGUGGAAAGGACAUUGCCCUUCAGUUUUACAAUGAGAAAGAAGCGAGAGACCUCGCUGUGAGCGAUCCUAGACUCUAUGCCCAAUUGUGGGCGAAUACGGUUGGGUACCAAGUCAACUUCAAGGAGCUGGAAAAAUACCCAAUUCGUUUGACUAAGUUCUCAGAAUAUCUUGAAAGGCAUCGCGAUGAGGUUCUAAAGACGCUUGGCUAA